AAGUGGGCUGGUUAAGUUUCCUUUGUUUUUACAGUUCUCUUCAUUUUCUCUGAAAAGUAAAGUAAAUCGCACUCUCUUCUCUUUUCUCUAUCUUUCAGCUCUCAGUUUUUGACUCUUUAAUAAAAGAAAGAAUCUCUCCGGCCGAUUGCUUCUUCUUUAUCUUCUUUCUUUGUCAAUCAAUCCAUCCUCUUCUUCUUCUCCUUCGCUUCCUCAGGCUCACACGAAGAUGGCCGUCUUAACCCUCAGUUCCCUCCCCUUGGGCUUCCGAUUUAGACCCACCGACGAGGAGCUCAUCGACUACUACCUCCGCUCGAAGAUCAAUGGAAAUCACGAAGAUGUCAGCGUUAUACGCGAAGUCGAUGUCUGUAAAUGCGAGCCCUGGGAUCUUCCUGAUCUAUCCAUAAUAAAGACCAAGGAUCCGGAGUGGUUCUUCUUUUGCCCACAGGACAGGAAGUAUCCCAACGGUCACCGCUUGAAGAGGGCUACCGUUGCUGGCUACUGGAAGGCAACUGGUAAGGAUCGCAAAAUUAAGUCUGGCACUAAAUUGAUUGGAAUGAAGAAGACAUUGGUAUUCUACAAAGGUCGUGCUCCUAAGGGAAAGAGAACCAAUUGGGUAUUCCAUGAGUAUCGUACCACUCUUAAAGAACUCGAUGGCACUAACCCUGGCCAGAGUGCUUUUGUUCUCUGUCGCCUAUUUAAGAAACAGGAUGAGAGCAUCAUCGAAGGGUCUAAUGGCGAUGAAGUGGAAGCUGCUAUUUCUUCCCCUACCACAGCUGAAUCAUCUCCUGGACCUGGAGAUUCCCAUUCAGAGCCAAUACUUCCUUUAGUUUCUCCAUCAUUGCAAAGGCAGGCUGAAAGUUCUGAUGGAGUUCUAUCUGAAACUGUAGAACAUACUGAGGGUUCAGCUGACGUUCAUGGUUUUGAUUCAUAUAAUGCAGAAAUGGAUCCUCAUACAGAUGAAGAGAGGAAAUUCUGUGGUUCAGAGAACAAACCACUUGAUAGUAAACUAUAUUCCCCAUUGCAUUCACAGCUGCAAGCUGAGCUAGGAUCAUCAGGCAUAUACUAUUCUAAUAGCAAUUGCUUGAACUAUGAAGCUAAUGGUAAUGCAGAGCAGUUACCGAGUGGGACAGAGGAGUCAGAUUUUAUCUAUCAGAUGCUAGACUCGUUUGUUUAUAAUAUAGAUGAUUUUCCACUUGAAGACCAGCAAGAAUUCAUGUCCCUAAGUGAGUUUCCGAAUAACACAAUGGAUAGCUUGGACAACGGAUUUUUUGGCAAAGUGGAGGCUGAUAAUUUCAAAGCAAUGGUUAUGCCAGAUUUUGAAAGCUCAAUUUGUCUGGAGGAUAUCGACAGGAAGACUCCUAUUAUUGAUCAUAUGGGAACUGCACCACCAGAACAAGGUCAAUUUUGUAAUAUAUCAGGUAGCCUUCAGGAAUCAUACAAUAAGUCUUCUGUAGUUGAAAGUACGGAUGCUGCCACUGGAAUUCAGAGAAUGAGUCGCGGGUCAAGAAGUCUGCAACAACCAAAUGGGUUUUCUACAUUUCAGGGGACUGCGCCAAGAAGGCUACGACUGCAAAGGAAACUUGUAGCGCCAUCCUCAUGCUCUAGCAAUAUGUGUCGUGAGAGUGGUGGAUGGCGGGAUGAUGACCCCCCAUCAAUCUCAAGCAAGGUGAAAAAAGAUUCAGAAAACAAGACUAUUGGAGGUAAUUGUGCCAGUGAUGGUGGUGAUGUGGCUGCCACCACGGUUGAUGUUGUGAAACAGCCCCAGACGAUGCCUAAUGCAGAGUCGGGUGUGAGCAGUAGUAAAGCUUCCCAGGAAGCGAGUGCAAGUGCAAAGUCAGUGGCAAGCUAUAGCUCAAAGAUCGACUUCUUAACGGGGAAAAGAAGAUUGCCACCCUCAAUCUUUUCAUACGUUUCUGUAGUUAGGCUUGUAGUUGUCGCAUUGUCCAUAAUUUUUAUUAGCAUUUGGAAGUGCUGUAACCGUGAGGAGCGUGGGUACCUUGUGUCUCCCUUCUGUUAGCCUCCAUAGGUUUUUAAUGCCCUUCAUGGGGGGUUGCAGAAAAAGGUUUUUGGAAAUAACAGCUUAGGAUUGUGAGGUAUAUGUAUGUAUGUCGUCAAUGUCAAUAUUUAGUUUGGGCCUUGUGUAUGUCCGUCCACAGACGAUGUUUUUUUUGUAUGAAACAGCUUCACUGUUCACCGUUUUUCCCCCUCUUAAAGUGUUUUGUAUAUAUGUUUACAACUUUAAAUGUA